CUCUCCUUCAAAGAUAUUUUAGUCAUUUUCUUUCUGCAUUUUCUUCAAAGAUAUUUCUUCGUCUCUGUUUUGCAUCAACACAUCUUCGAUCUGUUAAACCUCCGAACACUGGAUCGUGAUCUGCGGAAGCAGAGAUCCUUACCGGUGAAGUGGGGCUUAGUUUUGAUUAUUGAAGCUUUGGUAAUUCAAAUAUUGGAGGUUCAGCAAAGGCAGGGUUUUAGUUUCUGCACAUGCAACUUGAGAAGCGAGGGGAGAAUCGGUUGUAGCUAAUAAGGUUGAUUUCUAAUUUGCCCACAAUGAAGACCAGUGAGCGUGUUGCAAAUUUGGCUCUAGCAGGUUUAACUUUGGCACCACUUGUUAUGAAAGUAGAUCCAAAUCUAAAUGUUAUUUUAACAGCAUCUUUGACUGUUUAUGUUGGUUGUUAUCGGUCAGUGAAGCCAACACCACCAUCAGAGACAAUGUCACAUGAACAUGCUGUGCGCUUUCCCUUAGUUGGAAGUGCGAUGCUCUUAUCACUGUUCUUAUUGUUCAAGUUCCUAUCAAAAGACUUGGUCAAUGCUGUACUGACAUGCUACUUUUUUGUACUUGGAAUCAUUGCGCUUUCUGCAACAUUGCUACCUGCUAUUAGGCGGUUUCUUCCGAGACAUUGGAAUGAUGAUUCCAUUAAGUUGCAUCUUCCAUAUUUCCGUUCUGUGGAGGUAGAGUUUACAAGGUCUCAGAUUGUAGCUGCAAUCCCAGGAACCUUUUUCUGUGUAUGGUAUGCUAAACAGAAGCAUUGGCUGGCAAAUAAUAUAUUGGGGUUGGCAUUUUCCAUUCAGGGUAUUGAAAUGCUUUCUCUUGGAUCAUUUAAAACUGGUGCCAUUCUCUUGGCUGGACUCUUUGUAUAUGAUAUCUUUUGGGUCUUCUUUACUCCUGUGAUGGUUAGUGUGGCAAAAUCUUUUGAUGCCCCAAUAAAGCUUUUGUUCCCAACAGCAGAUUCUGCACGUCCGUAUUCCAUGCUUGGACUUGGUGACAUUGUAAUCCCUGGUAUAUUUGUUGCACUGGCAUUGCGUUUUGAUGUAUCUAGAGGGAAAGAGAACCGUUAUUUCAGGAGUGCAUUUUUUGGAUACACAGUUGGUCUAAUUCUAACAAUUAUUGUGAUGAACUGGUUUCAAGCUGCACAGCCUGCGCUUCUGUAUAUUGUACCAGCUGUUAUUGGAUUUGUGGCUAUUCAUUGCAUUUGGAAUGGGGAAGUCAAGCCGUUGUUGGAGUUUGACGAAUCUAAGACUGAGGCUGCUUCAACACAAGAAGAGGAUCGUACAAGCAGCGGUGAUGAAAAACCGAGCAAAAAAGUAGAGUAGGGUCAAGCGGCUGAGGUUGGAGUUUUUUUCCCCGAUUGGGUAAGGAAUGCGAUAGUUUACAUUGAGUAAGUAGGGUCAAGCGCCUUCAAUCCUAAACCACAAACAAACUCAUGAGACGGGGAUAGAAUGACAGUGUAACAGAUUUUGAUUUUAAUGAAUGAAUCAUAUAUAAUUGUUAACUAAUGGAUUGCUUUAAUUAUACAUUCUCUGUGUGUGCUCGUUA